AUGUCUCCCAUGGGAGACGCUUCGCUGGAGACACGCUGGUGCCAACUCCUGAAACCGCUUAAGGAGCUUUCAGAGAACUGGUCGGUUGAUGUUGCCGCAGAGUUGGAAAAGUUCGUGGAAAGUCUCGAGCUUCUCCCAGAGGAGGCUCGACUGCGCUUUGCUGACGCUGCUGUUCUUGUGCAGCAUUCGGCUGAUAUUUACGGGCGCAAAGUGGAGCAUCUUUACCAGCUUGUGUACCAGGCUCUAGAAGCUUUCGUCUCGGAGUCUGCUGAGCGUGCAGAGACUCAGAACAAGCAGCGCGGAAAGCGCAGAUCUGUCGACGGCACCGAAGAAGGUGACAGUGCUGCGUCCGCAACGGAGCCGUUGCCCACUGCUCGGGGGCUGAACCCAGCCAGUGGCGCUGUGCGCGGGGCACUCACGAUGGCGGCAUAUCGCAGAUAUGUGGCGGCUGAGCGAGCCUUCGAGGACAUCGCCGAACUCGUGCCCUACGCCCGACUCGAAACGCUGGACUUGGAUGAGCCCGGAUUCCAAUAUCCAGAAGCCGCCGAAUCCGAUUCAGAAUACUUGAGCGCAUGCGCGGAUGAAAGUAGUUAUCGGUUAGGGCUCAACGGCCAGGAGACACGUACGAUCACGGUUGCAACGCCAGGAACGCCUGGCUGGCGGACGCCAGCUUCGCGGACUGCGAGCAAUGCUAGCGUGUCGGCCUCCAACUCCGUUGCGACGGCGCCUUGGAAUCUGCCGGGUUUUUCGAUUCCGGUACAAGACGUAGACCUACUCGAUUUGGACCGUCUGUGGGUGAGGUGGUCCCAGAUCCAUGGGCGCAGUGGUGCUCUCCUUCUGGGUAUUGCUCCUGAAGAUUUAAUUUACGAGGAAACGGCGCAAACACUGGGCGAUUUCGAGCCCGCUGUGGAGAUCAGAGACGCAACGCCGAAUGCGAUGGAGGACGCAGAUGCUCAGUAUGUAGAGUGGGGCUUUGGUGCAGAGCCAUUGAACCUCUCCCAGGAGGCGCUGAUGCCAACCCUAGAGAUUACCUUGCGCGAUACGAGCAUACAGCAGAGAGAGCGACGGCGACAGCGACGGAAGAACCGGGUCCACGGCGGGUCUCCAGAGAGGCAAUGGAAAUUUCUGGAAAUGUUCCCCGACAAGGAUGACACGAGAGAUCCUGCAGAUCAACAAGUCGUGGACCGAGAGCGACCCUUUCGAAAAGGCCGCCGACACACCUCAUGUCGAGCCGUACCAAAUGUUUCUGCCUUUGAAGCGUAUCAAAACUGGGUCCUUUAUCGGAAGCGCAUUCCUGGGGUGCCCUCCGAUCUUGUGAACACUCAAACGCAUUUGGGCGAUGCGUCAUUCGUCACAAGUUCGGGAGGCAGCGAAUGGGCGCGUGCCUGGAUGCACAUCAUUUUUCGAGGGUCGUUGUUCCCACCAUUGGAUGCCAGCAUUCGCGCACUGCGCGCAUGCGAGCGCGUUCGGUGCUCAGUGUGUUCCAGCGGAAAGAAAAAGGCCAUCGCUAAUGAUGCGUACGAAUCCAUCGAUGAUGACAGCGACGAAGAUGACUCUAGCUCUGUGGAGUAUCCCAGCUCAUCGUUGGAGCGCAUCCCGGGCGAUUUGAAUACAAACGCCUCUAUCGGGCCGGUCACUGAGACGGGAACCCCCUAUCAUGCCGGUGACGCAAGUCACGCAAUGCUGGGUGCAUUGGACGCACUCGGCCCUGACCCGUUUGAGGAACAAGGAGCGUUUUUGUUUGGGGAGCACGAAGCGACCGGCGUCGAUUCCCAAGCUCUUGUCGAAAGUUUUGAACAGAUCUGUCGGCGCUACCUGAACGAAACAGCCGCAGCCUGGCGACGGCUUGAAGAAGAAAACGCUCUCCAUCAGCGAGUAGCAACCUGGCAAGCCGAGCUGCAACCCCGUCUGGCGGCUGCGGAGCAGCGGCCCAACUUUUCUAUCCCCACAUACGUCGAGCGCGUCACAAAACUCGUGCACGACGCUAGGUGCAACGAAGACAUCAUACCGCUCGGGAGAGUUUGCGCAAACCAGAGCUCGUGGGAAGUUUGUCGCCUCUUCGUUGCCGCCUUGCACUACGCCGCGGCAACAGCGAAGAAGCUGGACGCCACGGAAGCGGUCCCUGCACAAACCCCCCCUGCCUAA